AUGGUGAGAAAUGGAGGAGGGGAAAUGCCAGGAUGGUUGGGAGGACUAGUGGAAGAGUGUUUCUUUGUGGGAUGUGAAGUUCAUGAGAACAAGAAGUGCAAGAAGUUUGAGAAGAACAUCUUUUGCCUUCACUGCUGCACCAGCAUCUGCUCUCACUGCCUUUUUUCUCAUCCUUCUCAUCCUCUUCUCCAGGUGAGGAGAUAUGUUUACAAUGAUGUGGUUCGUUUGGAUGAUUUGGAGAAGCUGAUUGAUUGUUCUCAUGUUCAGCCUUACACUAUAAACAGUGCAAAAGUAGUGUUUUUGAAGCCAAGGCCUCAAUCUAGACCUUCCAAAGGUUCCGGAAAUUUAUGUUUGACUUGUGAUAGAAUCCUUCAAGAGCCUUUCCACUUUUGCUCUCUAUCUUGCAAGGUGGAGCAUGUGGUGUUGGGAGGAGAGGACCUGGGGAACAUACUGCACCAAUUCAAAGAAUCAGAAUUAGCUUUGUCUCAUUUGGAAGAAGAUGUUCAUGUUAUGACACCAAACUCUUUCUUGGAUGAUGAUCCAUUGCCUGGUCCAUCAAAUGCAUCAACAUCUUCAACUUCACAGAUGCCCAACAAGAACAACAAGAAGAAAAAGAAUGCCAGUUUUAUCCCUCAAAUUGUUCUCUCUCUGAGUAACAGAAGAAAGGGUGCUCCUCAAAGGUCUCCUCUUUCCUGACUCUCUUCCUUCCCAUAAUGCCCCGGUCUAAGCUAAUGACCAUUUUGGGAGCAUGUAUUUUCCAUUACUGAAUUAGGUGUGGCUUUGCCCGCCAA